AUGAUGCCGAGGCCUCUGUGCACUGGGGGAUUUGACUCUCUACCGCUUGAUCCGUCUCUCGGGGCAUUGUGGUUGCGUGAGGUUCUGAAAGCAACACUUUUGAGCUAUAUGGCCAAGGCGGGUGCUCCGGAGAAUCUGCGUUAUUCCCGCGAUACCCUGGCACCGGCAUUGCAUUUCUUGGAGUGUAUGUUCUUGACCAUAACGAGCGGGCUGUUUGCACCCGAUGCUACCAGGGCUGGGCGCUGGACCCAGGGAGUGCGCUCGGUGGAUGAUGCGAUCCGAUUUCUGUCGGGGAAGCCGGCUCCAAGUCAGGCCGCGGGACCCGGCCCGGCCGAGGCUGCGGGGGCCGACGAGGCUGUGCAGUCUGAUCCGGAAUCGCCAGCGGAGAGCAUUGGGUCUGCAGGUGAGGCCGAGGAGGCGGGUGUGUCCAUUUUUGCGCUUGGGUCGGACUUGCAAGUGUCCGACGACGCCAGGCGGUCCGUUCGGUGUUUUCAGCAUAAGCUUAGCGGAGUGAUCCACGCAGCUAGGGACGAUCAGCCUCCAGAUGAGGGGGAGAUGACAGAGGCCAGGAACCAGUUGAAGCGCAAGGGAUGGUCGACCUUCGGGACAUUUGCCUUUUGUGUCCCGGGCGAGCCUGGCCGUAUCGCUGAGGAUGUGUUCAAGACCGGUGUUGCGACCCCGAUUCUGGGGGCCGAUGGCGAUGAGCAUCAUGCUAAGCUUCGCCGGUUGCACUUUGAGGCGUAUGCACUCACUGCGGCCGAGCUCAAGCGCACGGCCGAGUCGACAGAGUCUGAUCAGCCGCGAAAGGUUCCGACGGCUGAGCUUGCGGCUAGGUACAAUGUCUUGCAGCGCAGGGUGUCGCCUUUGCGAUUAGUAGAUAGGCUUGAACCUUCCCACUCCUUGGUAAACUUGGCGGCCCAAAUGCUUGAGGAUCAACGCGUGCGAUACAUUGAAUGGUCAAAGUGCACAAGCCGGGCCCAAGAAAUAAAUCUUGUGAAGGAGGAUUCCAGCUUAAAGGUCCUGCAAGGAGGUCGGACCGGUGCGGUCAAACUUGUGGAUCCGGGAUCUCGGCUCAUGGCUGAGACUAAGUCCGACCUGGAGGUGAUGCAAGCCCUCCGCAGGCGCGGCGUGGCUUAUGAGCUUGCUGCCAUCAUGACGUUUGAGCGGCACGAGGAACUGAUUGAUCGCUUGUUCAUGGAGUAUCAGCGUGAGCCCAUGCAAGGGUUCCAUCCUGUGUCUCUGGCACAGUUGCAGGCCGCCGAUCGUGAGAUCCAUGUGCGUAUGGGUGAGCAUACACGGGCGGGGCUGACCCCGGAUGCGACCGGCGCUCUCCCGCUGGAUGGGCCGCUUGGAAAGGUUCUGAGCGGACCGCACAUCCAUUGGAUGCUUAUGCCGCGCCAGAAGGGCUCUGCUUCAGUCGGGGAUGCCACUGAAAAGCCUCCAAAGUUGCCAAAGCCACCGAAGAAGACCGAUCUGUCGAAGGCGACGGACAAGGAUUCAAGGGGCGACAAAGACCAGAAUGCUGGCAAGGGGUCGGGGCCGAAUGCGGCCGAAAAGCCGACCAAGCAGCGCAAGGUGCGCUUUGUUAUGCCAAAGGCUUUGAUAGGGGGAGUGCCCCGGGAUGAUAGUGGGAACAACAUCUGUUUUGAUCACAAUCUGAAAAAGUGCCCCAACGUACGUGCAGCUGCGUCCACACCCGUGCAUGACACUGCCAGCAGCCAUUUUGGCAACCGCAGUGAUUCGAAUGCAGAAAAGUUUGCCGCGGCAUGCGUCGGCAAAGUCGAUGCUGCUACGAUUCUUCACUUGUUGAGCCUUUUGCCAUCCGAGGCCCCGUCUCGCGGCUCGCGGAUUCAGGGCCACGGAUCCGAGUUUUCUUUUACGACCGGCGCAUAUACUUUUGAUCAUGGUGAGCGACAUGGUUUGCGACAGCAUUGCCGCGAAUUCCCACACACAACCAAACUCUUGAAUGCAUUUAUGAGGCAACAGGCGCCAACUGCGGUUUAUACCACCUUGGCCCUGUUUCGUGAUCUUGAGACGCGGGUUCACUCUGACAAGGGAAAUGACCCCCAGCAGCUGAAUACCAUCGUUAAGGUGUCAAACUUCUCCGAUGGCGGCCUCUGGAUCGCGGACCCGCAAGGCAAGGUGCCAUGCCCUCUGUCCGACGAGCAAGCACAUGGACGUGUCCUGCCGUUUAAUGGACAAGUUUUGUCCUUUGAUGCACAGCAGCCUCACUGUGUCAUGCCGUGGGCUGGGGGUUCACGGGUGGUUCUCGUCGGGUUUACGGUUCGCAACCCUCAUGGGAUUAGCCCUGGCCAUAGGGAGGAGCUUUCCGCUUUGGGUUUUCCUCUCCCUGGUAGGCGCCCUGACUCAACGGCCGGUCCCGAGUCCCCCUUUAAGUUAGGUGUCACAACGGCGUUGCAGGAACCAGGGCCGACAAACCCGGUCCCAGUCGGCCCGAUGCGGCCUCAGGCAGCCGACCGUAACGCGCCACCUGAGUCCUCUGGUGUGUUGCGCAACAGUGGCAAGUCAAUCAGACCUUCGUUCCUGGAGAUUUUCUGUGGUUCCGCCGGUUUGUCUGCGGCUGUGCGAAAGUUGGGAUUCCAGGUUCUCGGCGUCGAUCACAAGCCCACCGCUAAGCAUGCCAAUGCACCCUUCAUCAGCCUUGACCUGCGUGACCCUGAGCAGCAGGAACGCUUGUGGGUGGAAUUACGGCGCGCGGAUGCCGUCUGGCUGGCGCCCCCAUGCGGGACCUCAUCUAGCGCUAGGUCGAUACCUCUCGGCAACUCCAAACACGGCCCCAAGCCAUUGCGGUCCAAGGAGUUUCCCGAUGGGCUCCCAACACUGGCGGAUGUGGAUCGUGACCGCGUCAACAGUGCAAAUUUGCUGUAUGACUUUACUGCAAAGGUCUUCCGCUUCUGCAAGUCCAAUGGCAUCUUGUGCAUUGUGGAGAAUCCCGUCGGCAGCCUGAUGUGGCGCACUUCGUGGUUCCGUUCAGAAAUCCCAGAUGGUUUCUGGCAUGAGCUUCAUGCCUGCAUGUACGGAUCUUCCAGGCGCAAACGCACGGCUCUGCUGGCCACUUGCACUUUGCCCGGCUUGAUGCUGCAGUGUGAUGGAGCGCACAAACAUAAGCGAUGGGGUCGGUCCCGCGACCCACAAACCGGGCAAUGGAAGUAUGCCACUUCCGAGGAAACGGCCUACCCUGCAGGCUUCUGUGCUGCCGCUGCUCGCGAGAUCCAGCUGGCGCUUGAGCGUGUUGGCGUCUGUGUGCAACCGUCCGAAUCCACUGACGGCGCAAUCGCAGCGACCUUUGCACAGCGCCAGCCACGGCGGGGCCGUGGUGUCGUGGGUCCUGCUGAAUACAAACGCCUGCACCGCAUUAUCUUGCCGCGGGACUUUCAGCCACCGGAGUGCGUUCCCGCUGAUCCGCCGCCAUGCUUGGUUGACAUCCCUUCGGGUUCAAAGCUGCUAUGGACUCGCGUCUUUGUGGAUGGGGGAGUUGAGCGCCGCGAGGCAGAAUUUGGGGUGUACCACACACCUCAAGAAUUCUUGAAAGAGGCCAUGGCAACCACGCAUCCCUUUGAUAGUGCCGUGUCCAUUGACGGUCCGAACCUUAGGGCCAUUGCCUAUACUCUUGAGCACGGGGUUGCAGCUGUAAAGCAGAAGCGCCUCUCAGUCUUGGAGCAUUAUAGGGCGCUUGAGAAAUCACUGCGGGAGGAUGAACGUGAGCUUAAGCAGUCCAUGGACCCAGCAGUCCGGGAGGUGAUGGGGUCCAAAAAUCUCCUGCUGUUCAAGCAGAUGUUGCUGGAUGCCGGUGUGCCUGACGAGCACCUCUUCGAGGAUAUGGUUCGGGGUUUUAGACUCACGGGCCCCUUAGAGCCUUCUGGGUUGUUCCCCCCUAAGUAUAAGCCUGCGUCUAUCUCGGUGGACGAACUCCGGCGCACGGCCUCUUGGUCGAAACACCUGAUCGAGGCGGCCUGCCGGAAAGCGUCUAAGGACCCGGAUGUUGCAAGGUCCGUUUGGGAAGAGUCUCUUGCUCAGGUGAAGAAAGGUUGGCUUGCCGGGCCUUUCACUUGGGAGCAAAUGGACCAAAAGUAUGGUGGCACUUGGGUGGCUUCCAAAAGGUUUGGGGUUUCCCAGGGUGACAAGGUUAGGGCGGUUGAUGAUUUGUCGCAGUUUCAGGUAAAUGCCUCUGUUACUGAGACAGAGAAGAUUCAGCUUGAAGGGCUCGAUGAUAUUGUGGCACUUGCGAGGUUCCACCUGGGCUCCACAGUGGCCGGCACAAAGGUUUUCCGGCUUCCUAUGUCCGGCGGAGGCGUUUACCAGGGCCGCCUGCAUAGGGACUUCAGGGACGGACGGGCAAGAAAUCUGAAGGGCCGAGCUCUAGACUUGCGGAGCGCCUACAAGCAGUUAGCCCGGCACCCUUCAGACGAUUGGGCAUCGGUGCUAGGUGUCCUGGACCCAGACACCGGCACCGUCUCUUACUUUGAGAGUGCCGCGCUCCCGUUCGGAGCGUCGAGCGCAGUGACAGGCUUUAACCGGGCCGCCCGGGCCCUGCGCAUUAUCAUGUCGAGACUUUUGCUCCUUGUGAAUACGUCAUUCUUUGACGACUUUUGCCAACUUGAGAUCGAUGGUCUGACCGACUCGGCUGAUCAGGCUGCGCUUGCAUUGCUGGACCUUCUUGGCUGGGAGGUGUCUGAUGGCGACAAGCUUAAACCUUUUGCUUCGGAGUUCACUAUGCUUGGGGCCGUGCUAUCCUUCAAAGAUGCUGGCAGGGGCUUGAUUAGGAUUAGAAAUAAACCUGGGCGAGUGGAAGAGAUUGGCGACAUGGUGGAACGCCUUGCCUCCGACCCCGGUGAGGGGGCGCGCUCUCUUCCUUCCCUUAAGGGCAAGCUCUUGUUUGCAGCCUCGCAUGUGUUCGGCCGUUGCGCACAGGUGGCUACGCAGCUUAUUCAUCAUGCUGAAAAGCACCAAGGUUCAGGGGCCCAUGCUUGUGUCGAGGCGGCUGUACGUCGCGCUUUGGAUACCUUGAAGGCUGCUGGGGAUCGUCAGGUGAACCUGUGGUCCGAACAGCCGCCUGUCAUAGUUUUCACAGACGGGGCGUGUGAAGAACGCGGCUCUCAGGUGACGCAUGGGGCAGUCAUCGUGGACGUUGCAUCGCAGACCUAUGAGGUGUUCGGGGGCCACAUCCCAGGGCCUCUUGUUGAGGUGUGGCGUGGGUCCGGACGAGUGCAACUGAUUUUCUUCGCAGAGCUUUAUCCAGUCUUGAUUGCGAGGCGCACUUGGGGAAAGGUGUUGAGGAAUCGGAGGGCACUGUUCUUUGUGGACAACGAAGCUGCCAAGGCGGCUUUGAUCCGAAAUUACUCGCCCUUGGUUGACGCCGCCAACAUGUUGGCGGAUAUUGCUGAGCUUGAUGUCGUGAACCACUGUUUUCCAUGGUACUGCCGGGUGCCAUCAAAGAGCAACUUUUCUGAUGCAGCUUCGAGGUUAUCCUUUGGGGAGUAUGAGGAACGCUUCCGAAAGGUGCAGCCCAUGAUCGAGGCAGCUUGA